AUGGCGCAAACUGCCUGGCCGGCUUGGGCUCUGGCCUGGUACUCCUUCCUCUGUUCCAUGGCCUUGCUGAACCUUUGUCUGGCCUUGUUUCUGCUGCGAUGCGGCAAGCCCUCGGAAGACGCUCGACCGUACUGGUAUCGGUUUAGCUUGCGCUGGCUUGGUGCAGUCUACAUCCUUGUGGUUGCAUACCGAAGCGUCUUUCCGGCAGACUACCCUCACCGGUACGUUUUCUGGGACAACAUGAUGAGCAGCAUUCUCAUCCAUCGCGCCUGUGCCACGGUGGAGGAGCUGGCCUGGGUGCUGCAGAUUGCCAUCAUCCAAAGCUUCUGCGCAGCCCAGGUCAGGCAAGGACGGGCCUGUUUGCCGGUCGUGCUAGCCACUUCCAUCUGCAUGGUUCUCAUCAUCGUCGUUGCUGAGUGCUUCUCCUUCACUGGCACGAUAACGCAGGCUUUCUGCUGGUUUGCGUUGGAGGAGACAUGCUGGGCCAUCGCCUUUGCUAUUGGGCUGCCGGUCUACGUGCAUCUGCUCUUCGCGACUUACAGGCGCAGCCCGGAAUGCCACUGCAAGAAGCAGCGUGCGGAAGUUGGACGUGAGGCGACAUGUGGAUGCUUCACAGGGCUGCACUUCGCCAUAGCCCUCACGAUCUUCUGCCUUGGCUACGUGCCGUACAUGGCCGCAGUGGACGUCCCUUCCUACUGGGAGGCCUACGAUGCGCAGAAGCUCGAGGGAAUCGAACCAAAUGGCUUUAAGCAAGGCCAGGUAUUGGGGGCUACUGUAUCAGUUUUCAGAGUCCGAGGAUUUUGGCGAGCUUUUACAGGAUUGUGGUGGGGUUUCCAUGCUUUUGUAGGGUUUAGGUUUUGCUCGAAGGUGCACACCCGAGAAUUAUACAUGCCGGGGUGA